AUGGCAGCCUCUGCUUUCUCCAACGCAUUGCUUUCUCCCGUAACUCUUCCAUCCAAACCCAAAUCCAUUUCCUUUCAACCCAAAUUCCCGCUUCUCAAAUUCCCAAGCACCAGAUCCCACCCCUCCUUCAGCAAAACGACCACGUUUUGUUCCUCUGAUGAUGCCAAUGCUCCUCAACAUGACACCCCAAUUGAAUUAAGGUAUUCCGCAUUCCCAACCGUCAUGGAUAUAAACCAGAUUCGUGACAUUUUGCCCCACAGGUUUCCUUUCCUUUUGGUGGAUAGAGUGAUUGAGUACAAUCCCGGGGUUUCUGCAGUGGCCAUAAAGAAUGUGACAAUUAAUGACAAUUUCUUUCCUGGACAUUUUCCUGAAAGACCCAUCAUGCCUGGUGUUCUCAUGGUUGAGGCAAUGGCACAAGUUGGCGGUUUGGUCAUGUUGCAACCUGAAGUGGGAGGUUCUCGUGAAAAUUUCUUCUUUGCUGGAAUAGACAAAGUGCGAUUUCGUAAGCCUGUGAUUGCAGGGGACACCUUAGUUAUGAGAAUGACACUUACUAAGCUGCAAAAGCGAUUUGGAAUAGCAAAGAUGGAAGGGAAGGCAUAUGUUGGAGGUGAAGUUGUGUGUGAGGGUGAAUUUUUGAUGGCCAUGGGGAGCGAAUAA